AUGUCCAGUUGGAGUUUGGCGACUGCCGUUUCGCCCACUGUGACGGGUGCGGCCGAUGACGUCAUUAAGCUAAACAAACUCAAAGCCUCCACCGACACUGAAAUUGCAACAAAUGAAAAAGCAAUGACAACAGCAACUACAACAACUACAUUAACAACUGGCCGUCCAACAACUCCAGUACCUAGCAAGAAGUUGACCUCGAAGCGGCCACCGCAUCUGACAUUGCACAUCCAACCAUCAUCAUCAUCUAAACCAACGACAUCAUCAUCAUCAUCAUCAUCUGACCAUGGAGCACCACUCGCUGUGGAGGAGACAAGUGCUCUGUCGGCCACACCGUCGGUCUAUGGCACACCACUCGGCUCUGAGAGUCAUGCAACCAUCGGUGACAACACGACCAGCUCGACCAGCCACAGCGAUAGCUCCUCUGGAUCCAUAUUUCCCCAUGAGCAGUACAAAACGAUCAAAAAGAUUGACAUUCAAUUCGAUAACGUGCGAUAUAGCACCCGAUUUGGUUUCUUUAAAAGAGAGAAUAAAGACAUACUAUUGGGUCUAACGGGCUCCUUUCGUGCCGGAGAGCUGAAUGCAAUUGCAGGACCCUCUGGUGCAGGCAAGAGCACUCUGCUAAAUAUACUAUCCGGAUAUAUUUCUUAUGGCUAUUCUGGUGAUUUUCGCAUCAAUGGUAAACCGCGAGAUCUAAAGGCGUUUAAGCCAAAUGUGGCGUUUAUCACACAGGAUACGACAUUGCAGUCAUUUCUGAGUGUCAAGGAGGCAAUGCAUUUUGCGGCCAAUCUUAAAAUUGGGCCACACAUGUCGUCAACAGCGAAACGGGAGCGUGUGAAUAGCAUUCUCGUGGCGAUUGGCAUGUAUGAGAAUCGAAACACGAGGACAGGUCAACUGAGUGGAGGUCAACGAAAGCGUUUGGCCAUUGCCCUCGAGCUAGUCAACAAUCCGCCCGUUCUGGUGUUAGACGAACCCACCACUGGCCUGGAUAGCUCUACCUGCAAUCAACUGAUAACACUACUCAAGAAACUGGCCAUGGAGGGUCGCAAUGUCAUCUGUACCAUACAUCAGCCCAGUGCGUUGACCUACUCCAUGUUCGAUCAUUUGUAUGCCAUUGCUGAGGGUCAAUGCAUUUACGCUGGCGGAGCCCACAAUCUGGUGCCAUUUUUGGGUGCACUUAAUCUCCACUGUCCCGAAUCCUACAAUCCUUCGGACUAUUUAAUGGAAAUAGCUACACAUGACUAUGAUACGGAGGAGGAGCGACAAGUGGAUAAACUGAUUGCGCAAAUGGACAAUGGACGUAAUGAUGACUAUCGACAAAGUAAAUCGGCACGUGUUGCCCAACUGGCGGCCAUUAAAAAAGUUGAACAAAUGAUGUCAGCUGGUUUGAUUACGCCCGUAACAGCGCCUGUGAUGUCAUCUCAUCCAUUUUCGGCCAAGAACUUUAACUUCAAACCAUUGACGCCCAUAAAUGAGCUUUCCUCUCGCAUUUGGGAUAGUCAAAUGGGUGGCAUGACCAGUGAGUCGGAUGGCAACUGUUGUAAGCCAAAGAAAAAGAAGAAACCGAGACCAACGAUGCCUUCGCUUGAUCUGGAUCCGGCAAAUCUGUGCAAGCGUGAGAAUGUCUAUGCCACGCCCUUCUACCGACAGCUCAGCAUAUUGUUGUUGAGAACAUUUUUGCUCAUUUGGCGGGACAGCUCGUUGACAACGAUGCGAUUUGCCAUCCAUUUGACAAUUGGUUUACUUAUUGGAUUUCUAUACUAUGGCAUUGGUAACGAUGCCAGCAAUUCGAUGAACAAUUUUCGCUUUGUCUUCUAUACCAAUAUGUUUAUCAUGUACUGCGCUUUCUCUGGCAUUCUGGUCAAGUUUCCUUUGGAAUUUCCGAUCGUUUCGAGGGAGCAUUUUAAUCGCUGGUAUUCGCUGCGCUCCUAUUAUGUGGCUAUAACUCUGGCGGAUCUGCCCAUACAGAUUAUUUGUAGUUCCUUGUUUUUAUUGCCCACAUAUCUGAUGACCUGGCAGCCGAUGGAACCCUGGCGUUUUGGCAUGUUCUUUUUAAUUGUAUUGAUGACAGCACUGGUUGCCCAGAGCAUUGGUUUGGCUGUUGGAGCUGCAUUGAGCCUCAAUCUGGGAGCGAUACUGGGUCCAUUUUUUAUCUGCCCAUUUCUGCAAUUUAGCGGCUUCUUUCUGCAGGAAAAGGAUGCACCCUUAUAUUUGCGCUGGAUGUUUGAUAUAUCAUUUCUAAAAUAUAGUCUUGACGGUUCCAUGUUGGCCAUAUUCGGUUACGAUCGACCACGUUUGGAAUGCAACGAGAUAUAUUGUCAUCUGUCGCGACCUAAGUAUAUACUCAAGAAUCUGGACAUGGAGCAUGCCAACUAUCAAUUGGCCUUCUUCUUUCUGUUAGGCCUGCUGAUAAUGCUACGCAUUCUUGCCUUCUACAUUAUGUCAUUUCGAUUGAGAUUAUUCAGAUGAGUUCAUAUUAAAGUGUACAGCCAUCCUAUGCUACAUUCCGUUCACAGUU